AUGUUCGCCAUCUACCAGAGCGUGGGAUGGACGCUGUACGGCCUGUUCGUGGCAUUGCAGGCCAUCUGCUUCAGCUCUGACAAGGUGCGUGACCUGCCGUUCUGUCGGCCUGGUAGUCGCUCCGUGCAGGCGGUGGCAGCUUUCAUUGCCGAGGUGUUGAUCAUCUCGUCCGUGCUGACGCUGGAGAAGCGUCGGGAUCGUAAUCGGCAGCGUCGAAAAGACCGGUUCGUGGUGCAACUUAACAACUUCAACAACAUGUUGCUGUUGGUCGGAGCGACGUUGCUGGCUCUGGCGUACGAGUAUACACGCGUGUUCCCGCACCCGUCUGGAAGUAGUAUGGGCUGGAAUUGUUUGUGGGGGUCAUGGCGGCAGCAGGGUCACUAUUUGUAUAGGCUGAGAUCGGCAUGA